AUGGAACAGUGUCGAGACCGAUAUGGCGAAUUCUCUAAGGGAAUGUUCAAUCUAUGGACGUGUGCCAUGUGUUAUCAUUACCUCUUUCAAGACAAGAUGGAGUUAAGGGUCAACUGGCCGCAUGGACAUACCUUAACUGCUGGAAACAGCUCCGAAUCGUCCAUUAUCAUAUAUCCAGAUAUUUACAAUCACAGUGUAACAAGCCUGGUCUGUAAGACUCUUGAUACUCGUGAUUGUAAUCGUUGGACUGAGUGCUGUAAAGCUGCUGCUAAAUGUUGUGAGAAGCAGCUACACGAGCGAUUACCCGCCAAAAUCGGUGAUGAUUCUUGCCCGAGAACGUGGGAUGGUUUUAGUUGUGUUGAUGCUGCAAAGAAAAGAACUACUGUUUAUUUGGCUUGUCCAUCCUACAUAGAGCAGCGGUCGGCCAUGGGUCGAGCUGAAAAGAUCUGUGAUGGAAAUGGAAGUUGGUUUAGAGAACCAGAAAAUGGUUUAGAAUGGACUGAUUACACUAAAUGUGUUAAUCUGGAGGGAUACAAGUUACUGUACAAUGUUGUUAUAAUAUGUAAUGUGAUCAGUUUAUUAUUAUUAUUACCUGGAUGUUUAAUAUUUAUUGGAUUCAGACAUCUAAGACAACAACAUCGAGUACGAAUACAUUUAAACCUGUUUAUAUCGUUUUUAUUGAGAAAUAUAGUGUAUAUUUUAUGGGACAACUUAGUAUAUAACGACCGCCUUGAAAACAGAGCAGCAGAAACCUUUAUGCAUCAAAAUACGAUUAGUUGUAAAAUUCUGUACAUCUUAACCAGAUAUUCACUGGCGGUCAAUUUUUGUUGGAUGUUUUUAGAAGGUUUCCAUCUACACCGUUUGAUAGUUAGUGCGUUUAAGAUUCCAAGCACCAUUCAGUCUUAUUACUUCUGUGGGUGGUUAGCCCCUAUGCUAGCAGUAUCAGUGUACAGUACAAUUAGAAUUCACAGAAAAGACAAAGGAUGCUGGGUUGAAAAUGCUGGAAGUUUUGAAUGGGUUCUGUACACUCCCAAUCUUAUAUGUAUAAUCGCAAAUGUGUUCUUUCUAUGUGGUAUAUUGCGGAUCCUGUUAUCCCAGUUGCAAUCACAUCCAAAUGAACCAAGCAAUUUCAGAAGAGCUCUGAAAGCUUCGAUUGUAUUGGUACCAUUGUUUGGUCUUCAGUUGUUCCUAGUAAUAUAUCGUCCAGUACCGGAAUCUUACUAUUCUUUCUUAUUUGAGAUUGUGGCUGCUGUUAUUACUAAUUCUCAGGGCGCCAUUAUUGCUUUAUGGUUAUGUUAUUUCAACAAAGAGGUGCAUCAAAAAGUACGAGCUCAUAUUCCAUAUUUCAAAAAGAGAAAUGGGUAUCGCCAUGAUGAAGUCAGAAGUGGCUUUAAUAGAAAUAUCCAUCCAGAAGCAGAUGAAAAUUGUCAAGAAACAUGUGGCCUACGGACAAGUAAAAUGCUUCUUCAUAAUAAUCCGCAACCAAGUGAAAUGCUUCAGUUGCAGACUUUCAAAUCAGGCUAUUAG